AUGAUUUUCCACAUAGCGGCUUUGAGCUUCCUCUUUUUUCCUGUUCGCGGUUUCAUCUUAAAGACCUCCCAACUUCGAUUCCACCGCCAUUCAGGCAACAGCAUUGCAGAUGAGGAAUUCAGUGUGUCUGCACUGUUAGAGAAGGCAAAUGUAAAUGUUGGCAAGAACCCAAAUGAACCUCUCGUGAUGUUUGGAGACAUAGCCAUACCAAGUGGACUCCAGAACGCUGAUCCUUGCACAAGAAAUAGGUGUCGAUGGCCAAAAGCAUCAGAUGGCUUAGUCUACGUGCCAUACAGGAUUUCCCAACAGUACUCUGCAAGACAAAGAGCGACCAUAAUGAAUGGUCUGGAGUCCUUUGCGGAAUCUACUUGCAUUCGCUUUACCCCGCGGAAUGGACAAGAGGACUUUGUGGACAUCAAGUCCCGCACAGGGUGUUAUUCGUUUGUUGGGCGGCGUGGUGGUGGCCAAGACGUGUCGUUGAGCCGUCAGGGCUGUGUUUUCCGACAUAUAAUCCAACACGAAUUGCUCCACGCCCUGGGAUUCAAUCAUGAACAGACUCGAUCUGACAGGGACCAGCAUGUCAGAAUCCUCCUUCAGAAUGUCAUGCCUGGGACGGAGAGCAACUUCAGGAGAAUCAGGACAAGAAACCUUGGCACUCCCUACGAUUACAACUCUGUCAUGCACUAUGGAAGGUUUGCCUUUUCCAGGAACAGACAGCCAACAAUAGUACCAAUCCCUGAUGAGAACGUUGCUAUUGGGAGGGCUGAUAAAAUGAGCCCUAUUGACAUUCGUCGGGUAAACAUUCUUUAUCAGUGCAAUGCUUAUCUUUUGCCAAACCCAGCAAUGAACUAG